AACAGCCGUUCCUUGGCUUGAACUAUAGGUAUUAGUUUGGUGUUUAGAGUGAUUACCCAAUCGCAGUGUUGACGUACAGUUCGCUAGAAUGCGGUGGGUUUUUAUAGUAGCGGUCACUUUGGUCUCGGUGUUAAUUUUAUCUGGAUGCACUUCGGCUGGGAGGGUGGAAAAGGCGGGCCCGAAAAACGCUGGGGCUGUGGGGGAGACGGAAGAGGACAACUGGCCUCUUGAUGUGGACCAGACCGACUUCCACGGGGCUCACCUACCAGCUUCGACGGACAGGAAGAAGAGGGUCUCCGUCCCCAAGCCCCCUCUCUACAAAUACGUGCCGAUCUCCACCCACUGGCGUGCGCCCGUCAUCGUGAAGGAGCGCUUCAAGCCGGUGGCGGGCACCCUGCCUCUGCCUCGGGACAUCCAGCGCGUCCUGUUCCCCCCCCGCCGCCGCCCCCCGCCGCUCCGUCCCGCCGCCGCCCGCCCGCGCCCGCCUCCCCGCCAGAUCUCGGUGUGGUGCAGCAACAGCAAGAUCAACAUCCGGGUCCGGAGGGGCCUGUUCGGCCUGAGGUGCCAGUCCGCCGAGCUGACCCUCGGGACCGGCUGCAAGAGCAGCUCCGCCUCGAGCCAGUACUACGACUUCAGCUACGGCCUGCACGAGUGCGGCAGCACGCGAUCGAUUCGUAAUGGACAACUGACGUACUCCAAUGUUCUCCGCUACGCCCCUCCCAAGCCUCAGGGUCCGGUUCACCGCUCCAUUCCCUUCGCCAUACCCAUCCAGUGCCGAUUUAACCGGUUCCAUCACGUGUACAAGGUGGGCUAUCAACCCGUCUGGCCCAAGCGCUCUUAUUUCAAGGACCUGAAGAACAAGCACAGCUUUGUCCUCAGCACCACCAAUGCCCGCUGGACCAGGCUGUCCCCCAAGAGCGUGUACUACCUGGGCCAGCCCAUGUACUUCCAGGCCUCCGCACACGCCAUGGCGGAAGCACAGAGGCUCUACAUCCACUCCUGCUACGCCACCAUGUCCCCCGACCAGUAUUCGGAGCCCAGGUUCAUGGUGAUUGACAACUUCGGGUGCAUGUUGGACAGCAAGUCGGAAGGCUGCCAGUCCAGGUUUGUCCCCUCCAAGAAAAACGAAGUCCGGUUUGUCGUGGAUGCUUUCCAGUUUGACAAGAAGCGGCUCAGAGAAACCAUGCUCUACCUGCACUGCAGCCUGGCUGUGGCAGAUGAGGAGGCUAGCCAGGGGAACAAAGCCUGCACCUACAACAAGCUGAACAAAAGGUGGGAGGAGCUCCACGGUAACCACGAGGUGUGUGGCUGCUGCGUCUCGCGGUGCAUGGGACGGCCCGUUGCAGGUGCCAGGACGGUCAGCAGCAGCCCCCUGCACCUCAGCAGCCGCCAGGCGGAGGCGCCGGAGUGGGCUGUGGAGCCUACGGAGCCCGCGGGGGAGGUGGGGAGACCCGCGCAGGGUGGCGCGGCGUGGGACAGCCUGCCCUCGGAGGAGGGGCAGUGGGAUGAGGCUCUGGAGGAAGACCGGGUCCCUGGCUCGGCCGAGGUCCUGAUGGGGGAUGAGCCCGUGGAGGUGGUACAGGGGGCACACCUGCCAGGGGGAGCUGGCUAGUGCUCCUGGAGAGGGGUGGAACCCGGCAAAACCUUCCUACAAGGGAGUGCUUGUGGGAGGCUCCGGCUUGUGCCCCCCUUGUGGUCUGGAUCGUGUGGUUUUGUAAAAUCAGUUCUGACCAGUGAGGUGCUAGCUUGAGAGGAGAGCCCAUGCUGCAUUCAUUGUCACUCCAGUGCAGUGCCACGUUACCUUGUAGACAUGAGUGUGGUUCAGCUUUAUUUGCCAUGUAUUGAAGGUUUUGCUGUGAGAUCAUGUGGAUUGUGUAAUUCAAUAAAUAUUGGUAACAUA